AUUUAGAUAUAGAUUGAAAUUUAGAUUAAGAUUGAGUUGAGGUCGAGACGGAGUAUGAGAAGGAAAUAGUGACAGAAAGUAAGUAACGAGUAAGCGAUUUACAUCGAUCAAUUUUCUUCUGUCCUAAUUUCAGAAAACGCCAACAUUUCUUCGGACUUGUUGAUUUCUUAACAUCUACAUAUUUAAAUUUGUGCACUGAUGAUGCCUUGGUGUUCAAACAAAAAUUACUAUCACUUGCUCUUCACUGCAGGUCAGAAGUAAAUGCAACAUUAUCAAAAAUUGAUAAUAGCUUCCUUCUAAAACUGCUAGCUGUGGCCAAAUAGAAGUAGUCUAAAUUUUGUCAUUCUAGAGAUUGCUGUUGUUCCCCUUAGUUCUGCUUAGUUGAUGGACAUGAAAGCCCAUCAAUGAAGUUUAAAAUUUUCGUGCUACUAAUUGCUACCGGAAUAGUUUUGUGCAUUGACCAGAAUGCCGAAACGUCUGCAGUGAACAUUGAAGGAUUGGGGCUGGUUCGUGGUUCCAUUAGCCACACGGCAUGGUCAAAAAGGAAAGUGUUCAAGUUUCAAGGUCUGCACUAUGGGUUGGCUCCCGUUGGAAAUUUAAGAUUCCAGCCUACGGUGAAAGCUGGCCCAUGGGAUGGUGUUCGAAAUGCAACUGAACCGGGUGUUCGUUGCCCUCAGAUCACCAAAGGAUACGUUAAUGUGGAUGACGAGGAUUGUCUUACCUUGUCGGUGUUCACAAACGAAUUGCAAGCAUCUCGUCCGGUGAUGGUGUUCAUACACGGAGGAUGGUUCUACACGGGAGGCGCCGAUGAGUUUCAACCAGACUUCUUACUGGAAUCGGAUAUAGUUCUGGUGACGAUUCAAUACCGCUUGGGACCGCUAGGCUUCUUGAGCACCAUGAGCGAUGCCAUUCCCGGCAAUGUUGGAAUGUUGGAUGUGAUCACAGCGUUAGAAUGGGUUCAGCAAAAUAUCGCCAGUUUUGGUGGAAACAGUUCGAUGGUGACGAUUUUUGGCCAAUCUGCUGGGGCGUCGUCCGUUUCUGCUAUGUUGCACAGCCCGUUGGUGCAGAAUCGUGGAGCUCCUCUGUUCCAUAGAGCGAUUCUGCAAUCCGGAUCACUGCUCGUACCUCGGCACGUUGCUGACGAUCCGGUGGAAGGAGCGAAGGACAUUGCCAAAAGAUUGGGCUGCGGCGAGUCGGAGAUCGAAUUGUGUUUCCGAGCAGCACCGACGAAAAAACUUCUGGAGGCGUUUCUCGAACAUCGAGCGGAAACCAUUCGAAGUCAAGGGUUUCCAUCAGUGGCAGCAGCUAACUUAGUGAUUGGUGGACCCACGGGUCUUUUUCCUCGACAUCCAAAGUAUAACAUGCGGAACGUCCACAAAAAUGUCCAAAUCAUGGCUGGGACAGUAUCUGACGACGGUCUGUACUUACUGUAUGAAAUCAACCGUUUCCAAUCGGAUCUACCAAAAUCGUUGAAUAGUACGGGUCAGGUGUUGGAUUACAUGCGAACCUUGUACGAAAAGUUUGGACAAUCGCGUUUAGAUGGAGUGCUUGAAUCUUAUGCGCUUUCGAGGCAUUUCAAUCACCGAGAUUUCGUAGAUUUGCGUUGGGAAAACAUAGUAACUAGUUUUGCUGACAUUUGUGCUGCUCAUGGAGUGAAAGGGCCUGUGGUAACCGAAGCUCGGGAAAUAUCCCGCAUGAAUCCAGGGAACGUCUAUCUGUACAGUUUUGACUAUUCGGGCUCUCAGACACCCGAGAGCUCACACGAUAUGUUCCCGUACAAAGGACCCGUGCAUCAUGCCGACGAACUCAACUACCUCUUUCCGUUGAAGAAUAUGAAUUCCGAUGACGUAUCAAUGGCAAAGACUAUGGUACAGUUGUGGACUUCGUUUGCCUCAGAUGGUGUUCCCAGGGCAAAAAAUGUUCCGACGUGGCACCCUAUGGGUGACUUCAGUGGAAAAUCUGUGGAAGAAACAGGGCUUCUAGGAUUUUAUGGACCAUACAUGAAAAUUAACCGGAGAAGCCAACAGGCCAACGACUAUCGAGAAGAGUUUCUUGCUACUACCAGGCGUUAUAGAUCACAGCAAUAUGAAACUCCACCAGAAUCAACUCAAACAUGAGUUGUUCAAAAUUCUGUAGUUAGGAUAAAACAACAAGUUCCAAUAAAUCAAAUGUUUUAAAUUUGCAAUACAACAGAAGUACUUACACAAA